AUGGACGAAAACGGAGAUUUAAAUGUAUCGUUGUUAUUUAGCGGUGGAUUAGAAAUGCUAUUUGAUAACAAGAAGAAAAUCGAAGUGACUUUAACAGAAAAUAAAACGUGGAAGAUUAAAACACUAUUAACGUGGAUGAAAGAAAACAUUUUGAAGGAACGACCAGAACUUUUCAUUCAAGGUGAAACCAUUCGUCCCGGAAUUUUAGUAUUAAUCAACGACGUAGAUUGGGAACUCCUCGACGAAUUGGAUUAUGUUAUACAACCAAAUGACCAAAUUCAUUUUAUAUCAACAUUACAUGGAGGAUGA